AUGCCUGUGGUUGUGGGUGAAUUUUUACAACUAAGCUUCAAACCAGCAACCAUGUCAUCAUGGCUUUCUGGUUUAACAGGAAAAGCUGAGGACUUUUUAAAUCGGCUUGACCAGUCUGCUGCCGAAGCUUUAACAAAAGAUGAAGCCAUGAAAAAAGCAUCUGCUGUCAGUUCCAACUAUUUUGGGACAAAUGCAGGGGACAUGCGGGGAAGCUCUUGGGAGACACCCCCAUCAGUGUCUAAAUCUUCCUCCAUCACGCUUUUGUCAUCACAAAGUGUUCCCUCAAACCUGAGUGAGCUGAACAGUGGCAAAUCUGAUGUAAACUCUUCAUUAGUUAGUACACCGAUAAAGCAAUCUGCAAAAUUCAAAAAUAUCACAUCUCAAAGUCCAUCUCGAACAAAUAAAGGCAAAGAUUCUGAUGAUGCCCUCUUCGAGUUCUUGAAUAGCAUUGAUACUGGGAAUGAGAUGAGAAAGAAAUCACCAGGCCCUGUUCCAACAAGUAGCAAGCAUUCUCGUCAGUCCAGUGUCUCCUCAACAAUAUCCAACAUCUUGUCAUCUUUGGAGCAAGCAGAUGAUAAUGCAUCAAAUGGAGUAACAAAUGGUGCAGCAGACUUGGUAGAUGUCGAAAGUGGUAACCCGUCUCCAAUGAGCCGGUCCUUUACAGGACAGGAUAUCAUGAGUGCCAGUGCUGAAGUUACAGAUGAUAUUCCGGAUAAAGUUGUUGUUGAAAUGGAGAGUGCCCCAGAAGAGCAAACUGAUCAGACAACAUCCUUACAAUUAGAGAACCGAUUGUUACGAAGUGAGAUAGAAUCUCUGAAUCAAGAAAUGGCUUCCUUGGUUGAACGAGCCCGAGCAUCGCAACAGGAUCUGGAGACAGCACACAAAAAGAUUUCUGAAUAUCAUCACUUAUCCUCAAAUAGUGAUCAGGUGCUUCGGGAAAUACGUGCCCGAGAAGCAGACAUUCAAGAGGCUCUCAAUUGUAAGGAUUCCCAGCUUGCUAUAUUGAAAGUUCGAUUAGAAGAGGCCGAUUCUGAGAUAAUGCGAAACAAGGACGUUAUUGAGAAACUGGAAGCAGAAAAUAAUCGGGUUCGAAAAGAUCAUUCAGAAUCAAGUGGAAUACAAAACCAAGCGUUAGAAACAAUGAAGAUUAGAUUGUCAGAAUUGGAAGAAAUGCUGAAACGUGAACAGGAAUCAUACCAGCGAUCACACCUUGAUUCUUCAGGAAGACAAAGCAAGUUGGAACAGGAACAACAGAGCUUAGCAGAAUCUUUGAGCAUAACACAGAAAAAAUUUACUGAAGAGAAAAAUAAAACUUCAGAACUUAAUAAGCAGCUGAAGACAGUGACAUUAAAUAUGGAAGCUAUCAAACAGGAAAUGUCAGAUUAUAAGGAAAAGGCUUCAAGGAUUCUUCAGUCAAAAGAGCGUCUCAUUGCAAGUUUACGAGAUGGUUCAGGUGCUUCUGGUGAAUUCUCAGGGGUUUCAAGUGAAGAAUACAAUGCUGUCAAAACAGAAAGAGAUAUGUUCAAAGAUGAAAUGCAGCAAUACAAAAUGCGAGUAGAAAAUACACGAACUGAAUUGCAAGAUUUGGAAUUGCAAUUCCAACAAGAUCGAGAAUCACAUCGAGAAGAAGUGGAUCUCUUGCAAGAACAGUUAACAGAAGAAAAAAGACUUCGGGAAGAUAGCGAACAAGACUUAUUGAAACAGAAACGGGAAUUGAAUUACACAAUGGAAGAACUGCACAAGCAAAAAACUGCAUUUCAGUCUGCAAUAAAAAACAGAGAAGAAGAAAUUGAAAAACUGAGAAACCAAUUGACGACAAAAAAUUUGUGUUCAACUACAGAAGAUGAGCUUGAGUCGAGAGUGCGGACGCUGACAGAAAGCCUCAUUCAAAAACAGACAAUGCUUGAGGCAAUUAGCACAGAAAAGAAUUCUUUGGGACUUCAGCUAGAAAGACUUGAGCAACAGUAUAAAGAUGUCCAACUAUCCAUUGGACGAACCAAUUCAUCUGCCAUCCAUGUUAGCGAAGAUGAUGAGGUGAGACAAAGACUUCCAAUAUUCUUGAGGGAAGUUGCCACGGACCAUGAAGUGACACGGAAAAUGAAGAGAGCUGCAAAUACCAUUGAUAGAUUCAGUGUUCGAUUGGGAAUAUUCCUUCGGCGUUAUCCUAUUGCAAGAGUUUUUGUAAUUGUCUACAUGGCCUUACUUCAUCUGUGGGUGAUGAUUGUUCUGCUGACUUAUAAACCUGAAAUACAUUUAUAA